CAUCACCAACUUACUAUGCUCUUCGCUGAUAGGCUAUGAAAGUUUAUCCUUGCCCCUCGAGAUGAUUUCCGAGAGCAUUAAUUGGCUGUUCAGGGUUUCAGGCGAAAGGUUCACAGAGUUUAACAUAGAUGAGCCUCACUUUGUGUGAACAGACUUUCUUUCCAAAGGGGAAGCAGGCAGCAGCAGAGAAAGGAAAAACAAGCGGGCUGUACUUUCGAAGCCUUUGUCUUUGAGUGUUCUCGGCAACAGUUUCAGGGGACGCAUUCAGAAGAUCAACUAUUUGAUCACAGCUCGGGUGUUUGAAGACGAGAUGGGUUCUAUGUGUCUGCACAUUCUGGGCUUCAUCCUCAGCUCCGUGGGUUGGGUUGGUAUCCUGAUUGCCACUGGCACCAAAGAGUGGGUCCAGACCUGCUCAAUACAGGGCUCUGAUUGUACUCACUUUGGCGAAUUCAAGCUGCGGGGGCUGUGGACGGAGUGUUACCGAUCAUCUUCAGCUUACCACUGCAAGACGAUGUCUGACAUCCUCAGAAUGCCAGCCUACCUACAGACAAGUCGCGCACUGAUGAUCACUGCCUCCAUCCUGGGACUGCCGGCGAUUUUCCUCGUUCUCAUGGCAUUGCCGUGUAUGCGCUGCGGAACCGAGUCGCACUCUUCCAAACACAAGCGAUCCUUGCUGGGUGCCUUCCUCCUCAUUCUGCUGGCGAUCUGCUCUGCAGUGGCCACCAUCUGGUUUCCGGUGGGGGUCCACAACGUCGAGUACCUCUUCAAUUUUGGGUAUUCGCUCUUCGUGGGCUGGAUCGGCACAUUGCUCUGCCUGUUUGGAGGAGUGGUGAUUGCCUGUUGCACCGGCCCUUCACCCGAUCUCCAGGAUAACAGGUAUUAUUACGCUUCACAAGGCUCGUCGUCCACGGCAAACCCAACGCACGCCAAGAGCGCGCACGUCUAAGGGACAAGCACCCAGCCCAGGAGGAGCCCCGGCAGAAUCCGUGGCAUUCAGCUGGUGACAACUUGUGGCAAAAGCCAACCUUUUGAAUACACUCUCUUUUGACUGGAAGGAGAAGAGACUGAAGUCACACCAAGGUGGACAGAUAAAUCAAUCCUCAAUUAUGAUUUUUAUUGUUGAUCUUUGCCUGGAUCGCAUUCAAACAUGAAAGUCAUUAACUAGUGAGGAAUUAUGUCCGUUGUUAUUUAAGCAUUAAACUCUAGAAACAAGAGCUAGGGGCUGGGUGGGAGGACUUAGUUUGUGGUUAGUUACUGAUCUAAGCUGAACUAACAGGUACAGCUGGCUAGCAGGUGGCACAGUGGCGCAGCGGAUGAGUUGCUGCCUUACAGCGCCAGAGACCCGGGUUUGAUCCUGACUAUGGAGUUUGUACAUUCUCUUUGUGACCAUGUGGGUUUUCUCCGGGUGUUCCAGUUUCCACCCACACUCCAAAGACAUACAGGUUUGUAGAUUAAUUGGCUUUGGUAAAGAUUGCAAAUUGCCCCUAGUGUGUAGGAUAGCUCUCGUGUAUAUGGGGUGUUACAUGCCCUGUAAUUCUAUUUUAUGCCAGCUAAUUUACAAAUAGUUUUUAAUUACAGUGGAGCAUCUUAGAAGACCAAACAAACAACAAGGAACUAUAUGUAGGCCCUUGAGGAGAUGAGACUGUGGCUGGAACACUAAACCCCCAUUCAAUUUUCGCGAUCAGUAAACACUUCCUUUGAUAUUUUGAGCAAAGUCAAUUAAAACAGGCAUCUAAAGUGGAAAUCAUGUGUUCAACAAGUUUCUGGCACCGGCAUUGAAGUGAGCAAUGUUGAUUGAGACAACAGAGGUUGUGUCUGAGUGACUAAGUGUAUUGGGAACACUUAGGGUUGGAGUAACAAGGAGAUGCUCAGGACUAUGCUAAUUGGUUUCAACAAGGAAGUUUGCCAUCCCAGCACAGGCUAGGCCAGGGAGUUAGCUCCGGCAUUCCUCCGUCUUCUUCCAUUGUCCCGGGAGCAGAGGUUGCAGUAGGACAGACCAUCACCUGCAAGUGGGAACUUCUGAAGAGAUGAUCAUUUUGGCAGAGGACAACAAGGAUUGGGAUGAUUAUUUUUCUUUCCCAUAGGAUAAGAAAGGCAUGGAUAGAGUGUUGGUGGAGGGGAUGUUUCCACUAUAAUGGGAGAGUCUAGUACCAGAGGGCAGAGUGCCAGAAUAUAAGGACAAAUCUUUAGAAAGGGGAUGAGGUGAAAUUUAUUUUGCCAGAGGGUGGUGAAUCUGUGGAAUUCAUUGCCAUAGACGGUUGUGGGGGCCAUCAUUGGGUAUUUUUAAAGCGGAGAUUGAUAGAUUCUUCGUUGGCAAGGAUGUUAAAGGUUAUGGGAGGAAGGCAGGAGAAUGGAGUUGAAAUGGAAAAACAUCAGCCAUGAUUGAAUGGUGGAAUAAAAUCGAUGGGCUAAUUUGGUCCAAUUUUCCUCCUAUGAACUAUCUAAACAUUACCGAGGUAAGGCUAGCAUUAACAAUCCUACCAUCUUCAAUAUUCCAUCUCAUGUACUGAAGGUGUGCCCUUGUGCUAUUGGAGAUAAAGUUCUGGGAUUUGGACGCAGCAACAGUGAACAAAAGGCAAUAUUUUUCCAUUUGCGGUGGAGUGCGACUUGGAAGGUUCCUGUGGAUGGCCUGUAAGGAGAUGUUGGGCAGAUGACCAGGGCUAGGAAUUGGGGACGGGGAGAAGUGGCAGCGGUCAGUAAGACGGCAAUAUUUGAGAAGGCUCUUAGCUGGAGAUCAACAAAAGCUUAGAACUCCCCUGACGUGGCACCUAGGUGGUCAGUCGUCUAAUAUUGAAACACUCUACCUCGGUGUUCUCAAGCUUUGUGAGUGAGGUAAACGAACAUUGUAUGUCACUGUGUGUAAUCAUUACAGAAGAUGCCUCUCAUGAUCUUGUACACCUCAGUAAGCUCACCCCCUAAUUUCCUACACUCCAAAGAAUAAAGUCUUAGCCUAUCCAACCUCUUCCGCCAGAGAGGUUCCAUGUUUUAUGUUCUAUGUGCAUAAUUAGGGUAUGACAAACGGAAGCUGAUUGAUCCAAAAUCUAGCCGGUGUCCAAUUCUGAGCCCCAUUAAUUAGGAACCUUAUAAGUAAAUUAUAAAAAAAAGUGAGGCCUCUGAAAGGGAGUUGAAUGAUUUGCAAAGUAACAGUUGUUUAUGACGGACUAAAGUUGUGCAGGAAGACUGGGGUUAGAAGGUGUUGCAACAGAAAUGUUAUUAUUAUUAUUAUUAUUAUUAUUAAUAAUAAAGGUGGCCAAUAGGGUCUGCAAUGUCAGCACUGAACGAGAUUCAAGGUAACAAUUGAUCAGCGCAGUUUGAAGAAUGUAAAAUAGUUAAACAUUAUUUCCAUGUAUAAUAUGCUCACUGGACUUAUGAUUAUAUAAUAAAAGACAAAUAA